CUGGCAGUUGAAGUGGUGCAGGGACAACACGAGAGGCUGGCAUUGGCCCCCAGGCUGGCGCUUGGCCACUCCGGGGCUCUUGUUUUGGAAUGCCCAGGCUGACAAUGACUUCCAGCUUCUAGGCAGAGCUGAAGGGUGCUCAUGAGCUCCGCGUGCUGCCCUCAGUGGCUGUUAGUCUUGUAAUGGUUGCACAGUUCUUAGGAGGUAUAAGCCCAACUGUGCUUUACCCCAGUGGGCUGCCAGAGGCCUGGAGCUCUUGAGGUGAUGCAGAGCCACGUGCAGGUCCCUUGUGGUCUCCAGGGCAAAAUGAGGGGCCCCAGCCCUGUGUGCCCAGCCUGCAGCACUGGUCUUGGCAAGGAUAAAAUUUGAUACUGGUUUUGCUGGGCUGGCCUGGCCUGUGUCUGCCCUGCCAUGUGUCACCCCUGGUUGAGCCCCAUACUCCUGCCUGUCUCCACGGCACUGACGGUCCCUGCAGGGCUUGCACAGGAUGGUGUGCUGUCACAGGCUGUGCUUCAGCUCUGCUGUGCAGAGGGCACUGCAGAGCGCCCGCGCCCAGCUGGGACGUUGCUAACGAGGAAGCAAGGAAGGUAAAAAACAAGCCCUGGCUCAGCAAAGGAGCUACAAACCACCCAAGUCAAAUCACGUCUCCCAGCCUGGUGGCACGGACAACACGGACUGUCCCCCAUCUGGAGGAAGCCUGGCAGCUGAGCCGACCGUGGCAGCGCUUCCUGUGAGCACUCGGAGCCAGAUGUGAGGUUGCUGAGCUGAGGGUGUUGCAUUUAACAGGGUGGUGGGCCAGGUGGGUUCCUGAUACGGCAGAGGGGCAGAGGAAGUGCUGGAUCAAGGUAGGGGGGAGCGCUGGUGCCUCAGGGUGGUGUGGUGAGGGUACAGACAAAGGAGAGGAUGUGCAGAGCAGAGGGGGUUAUUUCCCACAAUCUCAGUUAUUGCCACAACACGGGGAGAGUUGCUGGGAUUUUUCCUCCGGCCAUGGCAGAAGGGGAAUGGAUGUGCUGGGGGGCUGGCAGUGACUGGUCUGCAGUCACCUUUGCUGCUUCAGGGAAGCAUUGCCUCCCUUGUGCCACCUUCUGCAGCAGGAGCAGCCCUGUCCCUGCCUGCACAGGCAGCUGGUCCUAGGGUCUCCAUCAGUUCUCCAUCAGUUCCCCAGCUCUGGACUUCCAGAAGCCCCAGGAACAAUCCUGGAGGCUCCUAGUCCCUCCAGACAGAAAUGCUGCCUCCUUCAAUGGGCUCUGUUGCAAAGGCAGGAGGGCUCCUGCUGGUCACAGGGUGGGGGAAUCCCUGGACCAACUGCCUGUGCUUCACCUCAGGUGUUUCAGAGGUCUCACCUCAGCCCUCGCCCACAGUUUGCAGCUGCACGUCCCUGCUUGUUGACUGUUCCUCCUUGUUUCAAGCUCUUAAUGCUGCAAGGGCAGAGGAAACAUGGGGGGAACGUUUUGUACCCACAUGCUGAGGUGGUUCUGCUUUGGCUCAGUCUGAGGUCUCUGCUUACAGCCCGAGGGUCCCUCAUUGUGCCCCGUUUUGCCUUGUGGGUGCUGUCACACACAGCGCCCUCCCCAUACCCGGAGGCUGUGGGAUGUCCGGGGGUGUCCUGGCAGUGGUGUCACAGGUUGUGCCAGUGUGAGUCAUGCCCAGAGCUGGGCUGAGUCACCUCCCCAGUGGUGUGAGCAUUAGGUGAGGAGCUUUCUCAGCCCCGCAUCCUGGUGACAAAGGCAGCAUGGCUUCUCAUGGUGGGGCGCCACAGGUGGGUGCAGCAGAAGGUCGCUGCAGCGCAUGCACAGUGCCAUAGCAGGGUGGCAGCUGCCCGCUGUCUCUGUGGGUUCACAGAGCCCUGAGGGUACCUGUGAAGGUCCCCUGCCACUGGACACCUCUGUGCCACGAUAGGCAUGUGGACUCCAUGGGGCAGUGUCACUGGCUGAAGCUUCUGAGAAUAAUACUCUGUUUUUAAUCCCAGGUGCCAGCAGCCUGUGAUGUCUGCAGGUAGCAGAGCAGCUCCAGCACACCCAUCCCUUUCCACAGCCCCUGGCACAGCAGCGUAAUGUGGGGGCAGAUGGAUGGGCUGUGGUAGGAUGAGCCCUGCCCUGCUCCUGCUUCUAUUCCUGGCCAGCUGCUCCCUGCUCCAGGGGACGCUGCUGCGGCCACGGCACGUGAGGCUGGAGGCACAGAACUUCCACGUCUGGCUACACUGGGAGCCAGACCCCAGCUCACCCAUCUCUGCCACCUACGAGGUGGAGUGGAGGAACAGAACCUCGAACUGGACCAAGGCAGGUGCCUGCGGGGGGAACAGGAUAAGCUCUUGGGUGUGUGAGCUGUAUUUUGACAGGAUUCAUGAUAUCUACUGGGCACGGGUGAGAGUGGUGGCCGGAGGUGAGCAGUCCGAGUGGGCCAGUUCCAGCGAGCUGCAGCUGUACAGAGACACAAUUAUUGGCCCCCCCAAGUUGUCCUGGCUGCUCCAGGAUCAAAUCCUCAGUGUAAAAAUCAUCACACCACUCACUCCCUACAAGAAAAGAACUGGUUCCUACAAGCCAGUCAACCGAGUGCUGCUGAAGCUGUGGUACUGGCUUCACCUGUACGAGGAGGACCUGCUUGUCCAGCAGGUGCCCUGCAAACGGAGCAGUGAGAAAGUGCCUUGCACCUUUGGGCACCUGAAGCCCAGCACACAGUACUGUGUCCGGACGGUGGCUGCAGACAUUGCCAGGGAGCGGAGCCGGGAGGUUGAGCGGUGCCUGGUGACUCCAGCAGGCCCUGCAGGCUUUCCAUGGGUCCUUGCCGUGCUGAGCGCCUUCUUCCUGCUGCUGCUGCUAAGUGUGGCCGGGCUGUGCUUCAUCCAGCUGCAUGUGUUCCCCAGUCCUCCGGAGAUGUGCCUCCCAAAAGCACUGGUGAGUGACCGUUCUCCUCCAGCUUGGAGCCGAGCCAGGGUUCCCUGCAUUUUUAGGGGCUCAGCACCUCCUUUCCUCCAACUCUCACACCACCAGCACCCCCCNCCCCGCUCCCGGAGCCGCCCGGAGCCGCCCGGCCAGCGCUGGCUCCUGUCCCCAGCGGCUGCUCCCACGGGCAGCCACACGCAUGGGACACAACUUUCCGCUGGGGUUUUGGUGCCCUUGAGACACAGCAGAAGGAGCAUGGACCAAAGCUGA